UAUUUUACUGCCACGGAUAAACUUUAACCUACUCCAUCCCUCAAAACCAUCCCUCUUUCGGCAAAACAAGAAAAAAAAAACAAAGAGGAAAAAAAAAACAAACAGAGACGCAGAACCCUUUGGUUGAAUCAAUAACCAGAGGGGGGGGCAAUUUUUUUCCAGGAAGGAGAGUAAAAUCCAUCAAUCAAUUUUCUUAUCCAAUUAAGUCAUGCCAUUUUUGAGGAUUGAUAGUCCUCUCCUUCCUGGAUUUACCUUUUGGCAGCAAAAACCUAUCUUUUCACGCUUGUAAAUGCGAUUGUGUGGACUUCUUCCUCCUUGGAUCUGUCAUCUCUUUGCAUGCAUGGGAGGUUGUUUUGGAUGCUGUGCUAAACCCCCUACAAUUAUUGCGAUAGAUGCAUCAUCAAAGGGACUGAGAGUUCAAAAACGAUCAGUAAAAAAGUCAAGCAAAUCAAACAAUUUUUGGAGCACUAGUGCUGGUGAUAUGGAGAAUAGUACAAUGCAUUCCCAAGGAAGCCUUUCAUCAAUUAGCACAUUAACCCAGCAGCUUGAUCCCAGUAAUGCUGGAAGCACUAGCAACUCUUCUGAAUUUGUUAAUCGUGGUCUUCUUCUCUGGAACCAAACAAGGCAGCAAUGGCUUGGAAAUAAAAAGACUCAGAACAGGAAGCAAGUUCGAGAGCCUAAAAUAAGUUGGAAUGCCACCUACGAGAGUCUACUUGGGAGUAACAAGCCGUUUGGUCGACCUGUCCCUCUUGCUGAAAUGGUGGAUUUUCUUGUUGAUGUAUGGGAGCAGGAAGGCUUGUAUGACUGAAUAAGCCCAGAAAUUUCAAUGAAUCCAUUUUUAUUUGUCUUGAUUUUCAUACAGUUCCUUGGUGCAAAUAGAUUUAUAGGUGCUUGCCUUUUUCUUUUUUUCUAACCUUUAGGGUUGGACAGACAAAACUGUAGUGCAUUGUACUUUUACCAGUAACAGUUUUCGUAAAACCUAUCAAGGCAUCAUCAUUGUAGUAGCACCCUGGCUUUCCAUUGGCGAACUUGGGUCCAAUUUAUAAUAUUAGUCUUCAUCCUUGAA